AUGGAUACCACAGCUGAGCUCAAUGAGCUUUUCGCAGCAUCUUGUCCCGAUGGUAUACCGAAAGAUGUUCUCGCCGAGCUACAAUCCAUCUUGCGAGUUCACUCAAUUACCGCGGAGGAGCUCUUCUAUAAAUGGGAAUCCUACAGCAUCAAGAUGGGCGAUGAUGUGAAAUUGAACUUGGACUCAGCUCGCUUGUUCAAAAGAGAUCUCCAGGAAAUUCUCGAACGUGACACUCGUGGUAAAGCAGGUCGUCAGACUGAGAGGAGGCCUGCUGUCACUGGAACACCGCGCGCUUCGGCUGGUUCUGAUGUGUUUGGAGUGUUUGAUCAAUUGACACCAAACGCAUCGAAUGGCCGGCAGAUGAAUGUAGUGACUGGUUCAGCUAAACGUAAGGCUGAAUUUACAUCGCCCGUGACAGCUAAAGUAAGCCGAAUCGAGAAGAAUGGGACUCCAGGUGAUGCGAAGACACCCACGGUAGUCAACGGAGCUGCCGGAAUGAUGCAAUGCGUCCCAUUUACAGAGCGAUCAAAUCCCGGUCAGACACUAGAAACAAUAAAUGCCCAUCUGUCGCUCCCGGAAACACCAAUAGCACCAUUUGCCGAACCACGCAUCAAGCCAACAGCCAACACGGACCUAAAGAAAUUCGGAUAUAAACCAAUGGGAAUGCGGUUGUCGGAGGCAUCUGAAAUCUUGGAUGACCGAAUUGAUGAAUUUACGGCCAUAUUCCAGAAAAAAUACGACUCGGAAGAUCUUACUUUUGGAAGCGCAGCUAUCCAAAGUACAAGCGAGAUCAUCGCUGUUGGCCGAAUUGCCUCUGAUGCGCUGGAGGGUAAGUUAAAUGCAGCUUCCCUGGUCCUCGAGACAUCCCGCCGAACCGGUGCCGGAAGGCGAGUCCCUUUGAAAUUUGACUCAGUGGCGGGUAUAAAUUUCUUUCCUGGCCAAAUUGUAGCCCUCCGAGGAAUCAACCCCUCUGGCGACUACUUCACAGUCAAGGAAGUUCUCCCCAUCCCUCUCUUACCACCCGCCGCUUCAUCAUCAGUGACCCUGGAUGGCAUCAAUGAACGUCUUGAGGCCGAGAGCAGUAGCCCACUAAAUGUCAUGCUAGCUGCCGGUCCGUUCACUGCGGACGAUAAUCUAGACUUUGAGCCACUCCAGGAAUUAUGCCGAAAGGCAGCAGAAAGUCUUGCGGACAGUCUCGUGCUGCUGGGACCGUUCUUAGACACUGAACACCCAUUGCUAGCAUCCGGUGACUUUGAUCUUCCCGAAAUCAAGGGCUUAGACCCCGAUACAGCCACGUUAACCACCAUUUUCCGACAUUUCAUUUCAACCCCACUAGCUAGGCUUGCUGCCGCAGUGCCUAAUAUUACCAUUGUCCUUCUUCCAUCUGUACGCGAUGCUCUGAGUAGACACGUUUCAUGGCCACAAGAACAAUUACCCAGGAAGGAGCUCGGUCUACCGAAACAAGUCCGCAUGGUCUCAAACCCCGUGACACUGUCAUUCAACGAGACUGUCAUGGGUAUGUGCUCCCACGACGUGCUUUCGGAGCUGCGCCGUGAAGAAGUUCUGCAUGGUCGACUUAGCGAAGGUAACUUGCUUACCCGUCUGCCCAAGUAUCUGGUCGAGCAGCGUCACUUCUUCCCUCUCGUCCCUCCCACUGCCCGUGCAAAUCUCCCCAAGACUGGCUCUGAGAACGGCUUGGCCACUGGCGCUAUGCUAGACCUGCCCUAUAUGAAACUGGGCGAGUGGUGGAAUGUCCGGCCAGAUGUGUUGAUUGUGCCUAGUAUGCUCCCGCCUUUUGUCAAGGUCGUUGACAGCGUCCUUGUCAUUAACCCUGGGACUUUGUCUAAGCGUCGUGCAGCAGGUUCCUAUGCUCAAUUAGCUAUCCACCCGCGCGCCGUUUCAGACGAAGAGCGAGAACAAAAACAACUUGAUCAUAAGCUCUAUGAACGUGCUCGGGUAGAUAUUAAUCGUAUCUAG